AUGGAUUCAAAUACAGUUGUAUUAAGCUUGCUGGUGUUGCUAACAUGCGCUCCGCGGUGCAUUUACUCGGAGGAGAGCCAUUUGGUGAAGAUGAAUCUGGUUCAAAAUGCUUCGUCUCUCGGCGCCUAUUGUUUGGACGGCAGUUUGCCGGCAUACCAUCUGGACAGAGGAUUUGGCGCGGGGGCACGCAACUGGCUUUUACAGUUUGAGGGUGGAGGUUGGUGCAACGAUAUUAAAUCAUGCUUGGAUAGAGCCCAAACUCGUCGAGGAUCAACACGUUACAUGAGUAAGGUGGAAGUCUUUUCUGGCAUUUUAAGCAAUACUGCCUCUCUAAACCCUGAUUUUUACAACUGGAAUCGAGUGAAGCUCAGAUAUUGUGAUGGUGCCUCAUUCGCUGGUGAUGCUAAGUUUGAUAAUGGGACGUCGUUGCUUUAUUUCAGAGGGCAAAGAAUUUGGCAAGCAAUUAUUCUUGAUCUUCUCCCAAAAGGUUUGGGCCAAGCAAAGAAGGCUUUGCUUUCGGGUUGCUCUGCUGGAGGCUUGGCUACGUUUUUGCACUGUGAUGACUUCACAAAUUAUUUGCCAAAGAAUGCAAGUGUUAAAUGUUUAAGUGAUGCUGGAUUCUUUUUGGAUGCAAGAGACAUAGGUCUAAAUCACACAAUGAGAUAUUUCUACAAGGAUCUUGUUUCUCUGCAGGGGGUGGAACAGAACCUUGACAAAAAUUGCACAACUUCUAAUCUGUAUCCUGCACAAUGUUUCUUCCCACAGUAUGCAUUACCAUACAUUAGAACACCAUUUUUUAUAUUGAACUCUGCCUAUGAUGUGUUCCAAUUUCAUCAUGCACUGGUGCCUCCUGCUGCUGAUCCUCAUGGACACUGGUAUCACUGCAAGCUUAAUCCGGUGGCUUGUAAUGCAGUCCAGAUAUAUACUUUGCAAGGAUUCAGGAAAUAUAUGCUUGAAACUUUGAGAUUUUUCUUGAUCAGCUCAAGAAGAGGAGGAAUGUUCAUAAAUUCUUGUUUUGCUCAUUGCCAAAGUGAGUUGCAAGACACGUGGUUUGCACCCGAUUCUCCAAGAGUAAACAAUAAGACCAUUGCACAAGCUGUUGGCGAUUGGUACUUCGGGAGAAACAUCGGCAAAGAUAUUGACUGUGCAUAUCCUUGUGAUAGUACUUGUCAUAACCUAAUUGGUUGA